AUGAAGAAACUCAUCGUUGCAAAUGAACAUAUUCAAAGGUGGUGUACGGUGAAAUUUUUUAUUAAAAAAUUCGAAAAAAAAUCCUUCAUCGAGAAAAACGCAUCGAAAAAUACGCUGAAAGCCCUUAGGGACGAGGUUUUUUCUAGGCCGCCCGGUGAGUAA